AUUGUCAUUUCGUAGUUGUUAAACAAUAGAUAUAUACCGGUGAUCGUAAAGUCAUUAAAAUAUUUAUUAAAAAGAAAAAUGAGUCAUCGUAGGUGAACCGGCUGGUGACAAAACGUUUCUGGUGGGUGUUAGGGCCCUCACUGUCUCCCUCACUCACACGACUAGAGAAUUUGUUUACUUGAUUUACACGAAUUACCAUCUCGAGUCUCGAAUUACGUUAAAUGCUGUCAGAAUUUCGAUUACGUAUCAUGAGUGAAAACAAUCGUUGAAAGUUUUGUUUAAAUGACAAUUUUUUUUUUAUAUUUCGCGAGUGGUGAUUUCGUUUAAUAAACCAUGGUUGGAAAAGUGGAUUAUUCUAGUGUUCCCAAUUCGGCGGACUUGGAAAACAACUCGAAUCAAAAAAAAUACACCGUGAAUAGAAAUGGAAAACACGGCGUCGUAAUUCCGACAGCUCUAUGCGUCCUAAUGGUCAUAGGGGCGUUACUUUUGGCUAUAUUAGUAGGUCUGAUAGUAUUUUUCGUAGUUCCUCGAUACUGUGAUCAAGAAAAGUUACCAGCGGUUUCUCCUAAUCAACAAACUUCAUCUGUCAAUGAUACGCCCGAAAAAAUCGAAGAAUCCGCCGUGGGACACGAAAUUGAUGAGAGAUUACCUAAAAACGUUGAACCGACGCAUUACAAAUUAAGGAUUUUACCGGAUUUGCGAAACGGUACGACUCAAGGUUCGAUUGCAAUAACUUUGAAAGUAAUACAAGACACCGAUGAAGUUUUAUUUCAUCUUAGAGACAUUUUCAUAGAUAAACAUUCCGUUAGUAUAAGAUCCACGAGCGAUUCUAGUCAAUUGGAUAUCAAAGAACAAAAUUAUAUCGAAGGCGAUAAAUACAAAAUAAAACUUUCAAAGAAUUUAAACAAAAAUGAAGAAUACGUAUUAAAUUUGGAGUUUAAAGGGAAAUUAAAUGGUCAUUUAAAAGGUUUUUACAAAAGUAAAUACUACGAUCGUCAAGGAAAGAAAAGAUUGAUAGCGUCCACUCAGUUUUCGCCAGUCGACGCUCGAAGUGCUUUUCCUUGCUACGACGAACCUUCUUUCAAAGCCAAAUUUCAAAUUACCUUAGGAAGACCGUCUUCCAUGACGACUUUAUCUAAUAUGCCAAUUCUAAACUCAACUUUAUUCGCAACAAACACAUCUGGUGUUUGGAGUUGGGACGAAUACCCCGAAACGCCGAAGAUGUCGACUUAUUUAGUUGCCUUUAUGGUGACGGAUUUAAUAGAGAGUCCGACUAAGGGCGAGAUAAUAAAAUUUUGGGCUAGGGAAGAUUUGGUAUCUCAAACUGCUUACCCCGCCGAAAUCGGUUCGAAAUUAUUGAAAUUCUACGAGGAAUAUUUCGAUGUUGAAUUUCCUUUACCGAAAAUCGACGUCGUCGCUCUUCCCGAAUUCGGUUUUAACGCCAUGGAAAAUUGGGGGUUGAUAACAUUCAGAGAAGACGUUCUUUUAUACGAUCCCUCAAGUUCCACGAAUGAAGAUAAGAGACUUACGGCUACGGUUUUAUCGCACGAAUUAGCCCAUCAGUGGUUCGGUAAUUUAGUUACCCCUUCGUUUUGGAACGACUUGUGGUUGAAAGAGGGUUUUUCUAAUUACAUGGUAUACAUGGGCAUCGAUACGGUAGAACCGACGUGGAGAUUCGGCGAGGAAUUUAUACCGAGCGAAACUUUGGUAGCGAUGAACGAGGACGCUCUGGAAAAUUCCAGACCGAUAUCGUUGGACGAAGCGAAAAAUUCGAAUCAAAUCCGGCAACUUUUCGACCCCAUCUCGUAUAGUAAAGGUGCUGCUAUAAUUAGAAUGAUGAAUCACUUUCUCGGCGAAGAAACGUUCAAAGCGGGUCUCGUCAAGUUUUUGAAAAAAUAUCAAAAUUCUAAUGCUGAUCGCGAUGAUUUAUUCGAAACUUUUACUGAAGCCGCGCAUACAAAUAACGUUUUACCAUCGAAUGAAUCCGUUAAAACGAUCAUGGAUACUUGGGUGGAGCGUGCCGGUUAUCCUGUCGUUAACGCUAUUGCUAAUUACGCACAGAAUAAAAUCAAAUUGUUUCAGAAACGAUUCUAUUUCCGUGAAAAAGAUGAAAAAUCUUCUUGGUGGAUCCCGUUAUCGUUCACGACUAAUAUAAACACCACGUAUAACGAUACCACGCCGAAAUUUUGGUUGAAAGGUGAAUACGAAAUCGACCGAGACGUCGAUCUCACCAACGCCACCUGGUAUCUCUUGAAUUUAUAUCAAACAGGUUAUUUCGUCGUUAAUUACGACGAAAGAAAUUGGAUGAACCUCAUCGAUAAUAUCAUGGUAUUACCGACGACGAUAAGGGCGCAACUCAUCGCUGAUUCCAUGGAUUUGGCGAGGGCAAAUUUGAUCAGUUACGAUAUACCCUUGAAGAUGAUCGCAAGAAUGGCCGUCAACGAUAAAGACAUUAUGUUCGUACCGACCGCCAUAGCUUUCGAAAAAUUGAGGUAUUUGAGCGACAUAUUAUCCUCGACCCCGGCUUUCGGUUUAUUCGAGGAAUAUCACAGGACGAUAUUCAAGGAAACUUACGACAAAGUGACAUUAGUAGAUCCCAUAGAUGAUUAUAGGACAAGAAGAAUACGUUCGACUGUGUUGAAUUGGUCGUGUCGAAGUCCGGAUUCCAGAUGUUCUCAUAUGUCGAGGACGUUUUUCAGAUCGUGGUUAUCAGGAACGAAAAAGAUCGAGCCUAAUCUACGUAAAAUCGUUUAUUGUACGGCGUUACGCGAAGGCGGACAAGUCGAAUGGAAUUUCGCUUACAAGAAAUUCUUGGAAACGGCAUCGCUUUCCGAGAAAAAAAUCCUUUUGGACGCUUUGGGUUGUACGAAAUUGACGUGGCUGCUUUCCAGGUAUCUCGAUAAACUUCUCGAUGAUUACAGCAUAAGGAUUCAGGACGCCGAUCGUUUGUUCGGGUCGGUUGUUAGUAAUAAAAUCGGAACGCAGAUUGCUUUCGAUUUCUUGAGGAAAAACUGGAAUGCCUUGAUCAAACGCCACGGAGAUGGCUUCAAUAUCAUCGCUAAAAUGGUGAAAUCCCUCGGACCUCAACUGAAUACGGAAUUCCAGUUAUCGGAGUUGAUCAGAUUUAGAGACAGCGUGAAUGGUAAUCGGAGCGCGUACGCUCGAGCUUUCGACAUCGCCGUGGAAACAGUUAGAGGAAACGUGGAAUGGAUGGAGAAGAACUACCGUCAAGUAGAACAGUGGUUCCAAAAAUAUAAAGAUCGAUUCGAUUACGUAUAGACCAAAAAAUUAGAAAUAUCAAUAUUUAUUUGAUUUAGGCGAAUAAUUUAUUUUCAGAAGCGGGACCGAAACGAUAAGUGCCCUAGAAAAACCGACUGAAUUUUUUUUUAACGAACCUUUUAAUUAUUUCGAAACAUUUUUAGUCCGUACGUUAAUCGAACCGAAAUUCUAUUUUUUAUUUAUCAAUUUUGAAUCAACAAUUUCACUUGUAAUACGAGAAAAAUACUAAAAGAAAAUAGUAAUACAGAA